CAGCAGCAGCUACUUGGUUCCGCUUUCGCCGGAGACUUUUAGGGCCUUCCCCGACUGUCACCUGGGUGCCGCGGCGCGGGUGGGAGGAAGAGGCAGUCCUAGCUGUGUGUUGUCCUCGCGGCCAGCGGGAAGCGAGCGCCCUCUCGAAAGCCCAGGGGUCCCGCGACCCCUCUUACCAGCGCCAUGGCAGUUCCAGGUUGCAACAAGGACAGUGUCCGAGCAGGCUGUAAAAAAUGUGGCUAUCCUGGUCACCUGACUUUUGAAUGCCGCAAUUUUCUCCGAGUAGACCCCAAAAGGGACAUAGUUUUGGAUGUCAGCAGCACAAGUAGUGAAGAGAGUGAUGAAGAAAAUGAAGAACUGAAUAAACUGCAAGCAUUACAAGAAAAAAGAAUAAAUGAAGAAGAGGAGAAGAAAAAAGCAAAAAGCAAAGAGAAAAUCAAGUUGAAAAAAAAAAGGAAAAGGUCUUAUUCAUCCAGUUCCACUGAAGAGGACACUUCAAAACAAAAGAAACAAAAAUAUCAGAAGAAAGAAAAGAAAAAAGAGAAAAAGAGUAAGUCAAAAAAGGGGAAGCAUCACAAAAAGGACAAAAAGAAGAGAAAAAAGGAAAAGCAUUCUUCUGCCCCUAAUAGUUCUGAAAUCUCCAAAAAGUAACUGAGACUUUGGCCUGAACCAUUAAAUUAAAAAAUUUGGUUUUGAAAAUUAUUAGACUUUCCUUGAAAUUUGCUAUAUAAUUAUGCUUUGCAAUAAAUCACAGCCUUUUCCAUAUAGACAUUUUUUCAUAUAUGGGGCCAUUACUGUCUGGCAAUAUUUUAAUGUACUAUGAUUAUAGAGUAUUGAAUCAGUCUUAUUACUUGAUAGCCAUGCCCCAAGUAUGGAUAUUUGUGCAACAAAACUCAUCGUUUUUGGUAUUCCUCUGUGUGUGUGUCUGGCUAGUGUUAUUACUUCAUAAGUUGAUUGUAAAUGGCUUUACUACAGUCAACACAGGCAAUCUACGUAGCAGUUAAUGAGUACUGCUGAAUUAAGUGUCCACCUUCCAGUGUUAAAGUGAGGUAGGGGAUAAUGCUUUGCGCUUGACACUGAAAAAUUUCAUAGCUUUAUAUCCUAUGAUAAUGUAUAAAGAGAGUGAAUUCUUCACGGUUGUUUUUAAAUCUUGGCUUUUUUUGGAUGUCACAGGAGAUGAAGCUGCUUUAUUGGUCUUGACCAGAACUUUUUAAAUGAAUGGCAUCAGCAGGAAGAUGAUAAUGAAAAUAUUUAUAACAAAAUUUCACUGUUUUCUGAGAUGCAGAGUUCCUAGUACCUGCCUCCUUGGUUUUUGUAACAAAAUAUUUCUUCCUUGCUUAAAAAGACAAGUCUAGUUCAGCCUACUUGUAGGUCUCGUAGAGAUGAUGCUGUGUUGGGCAGGAUUUUUAAGAUAGACUCCUGGGUUGUUUUACAAAUAUGCCAUAUUGGCAUGUCUUAAAGAGAUACCUCAAACACAGAACUUUUUAUUUAGGAGGAUAACAGCUAAAUCUUCAUUAGAACUGAUUUUUAUUGUAUUCGGUAUGUAAAUUUUAUGACGCUUGUUUCUAUGAGUAAUGUGGAAAUUUUUUAUAAAUGUGAACAUAUAUAUAUAUUUGUCUGAAAUAAUUUGUAGUUUUGAAGCAGGUUUCCACUGAAUUUAUGGUUUCAUAAAUGACUAGUUUGGGGUGUUUCUCUCUUUGACUUCAAUCAUAAACCUCAGGAGCAGUGACAAAAAUUUAGGAUUAAGAAUUUUAUUCUGUACUUUUUACAAUUUAAGAGUCAGGGAGUUACAUCAUGAAAGCCUUUAUAUAACAAUGGAAAUUUUAUAUGAGUCAGCAUUUUCAAACACAUAGUUGUAGAUAUAAAUGUUUCUACAUUUUUUUAAUUUCACAAUGAUCAAUGUUACUUACUUUGCUGAAUACUUGGAUAUCCCUUACGUCCAAUAAGUUAAAUACUUAUUAUUGUAGCAGCAUCGAAAGUCAACUAGUUAAUCAUGGUACAGCACCAAAGAUUGUAAGUACCUCACUGUGGUGCAGUUAUAAAUUUUCAAAUUGGUAGCCUACAGACAUGGCUGCAGGUGAAUUCAUUAUGAUGAAAUCAGGUAAGUACACAUAACCUCACAGGCUGGAAAGGUGUACUGAUUCUUCCUUCACCCAGCACUCCUAUCCGGCAUGACCUCAGUAAGACUGGGAGAGCCUCAUAACUCCUCUUAGCAUAUGCUUACCUUGUGCAGAUCCUAGGGAAGCUACAUCCACAUCCCUUUUCUAACAUUACAGCCAUGGAAGUGCUCACACUUGUAGCUUUUCCAUAACCUAACUUAGUCCUAUGGCCUCCUUAAAAAGAAAUCCUCUUGUUUAAAUAGCUUAGUUAUUUGGAGAGAAACACAGAGCUACUAGGUUUUUAAGGGUUUGUUUUGCCUUUGCUGUAGUUUAUGUAUUUUUGAAAACUAUAUUUUAUGAAAAUACAAUCCUUUGGUUAUCAGUAUGAAAAAAAAUAAGUAAAAAAAAAAAACUUUAAAAAGUGAUUAGAAAAUGCUACAUGCAAACAUAUGGUCUCGUCCUAUUGAGUGUGUAACAUGGUUAAAAAUGAUAAUUGUAGUGACACAAGAGUUGAUCCAGUUAUUUGUAAGUUUUACUUCUGUUAAUUGAAGAGAUAAUAAGUUGGCUCAUCAGAUUUGUUAUCUGAAUGGUAAGACAAUCAGUGGCUCAGGAGAGUUAUAUAAAAUUCAGGCCUCAUUAGCUAAUAGAGUUCGCAACUUAAAAGAUUUUAAUGUUCAGUAAUUUUUUUCCCCAGAAAAAACUCUUGGAAUUAUUCUUGAGUAAAUUUCCCAUAGUCUGAGAAUAGUUUAUGAAAGAUCUCAUCUGAAUAAAAUUCAUUUAUUUUUACUAAAGUAAUUUUCUUCUGAAGUGAUCUUGUUAUUAUUAUUGGGAUUAGAUGCAAAUCUCACUAAUAUAUUGUAGGAGAAAAUUAGUGACAUUUCCUCUCAGGCAAUAUGUAGCAUAAGGUAAACUGAACUUAGUAGUAAAAAUCCAAAAGUCCUAGUUGUCGGCGCUUCCAUUGCAGGGGGCAGGGGUUCAAUCCCUGGUCGGGGAACUAAGAUCCCGCAUGCCGCACGGUGGCCAAAAAAACAAGUCCUAGUCGUUCUGGGUACCUGUGUGACCUUCAACAAAGUCGUUUACCUUCUCUGGGCCUUGGUGUCUUUCAUCUAUAAAAUAUUGUACCAAAUUAUCUCUGAGAUCCCUUCUAGUCCUUAAUAUAUAUGAUUAUCAAUACUUCAAAUAAUAUUAUUUUAGAAAUUAUUUUCAUUUAGAAUAUAAAUUAUUAUAUUCAUUUAUAAAUUGGUACAGAUAAGCAGGUAGCAUUCUGUAAAUGGUAAAAGUUGAAUUUAUUAAUAUAACUGUUAAACACAUGUUACUUCUUUAAGCAGAUAAUUGGUAUUUGGUUCAUAUCCUUACCACCCAGUGUAUGUUAUUUUCACUAGAUGCAGACAGAAUUUAUGUUUAGAUUUGUAUCUGUAACCUGAUUAUCUGAAUACUUUGAGACUAUUGCUUUUGGGCUGAUGGACCUACGCCCCAUGCAGUUCCGUAUUUCUUUUCUCCAUAUCUUCUGUUGGCUAAAACCUCUCAGAGGGAUCCCCAGUUCUUCAUACUUAAUACAUAUCUGUUUACAUCUUUGGUUCUUUGAGGCUAAAACAUCAAUGAAUAAAACAACUGUGUGUGUCUGUA